CAUAAUAGAAAUGGAAAAAAGACUAUUAUUAGGCCUACUGGUGACUAAUUUUUAGAAUUUCCUAAACGUAGAAUAAUGCUUUACAUUUUGUAGCCAAUAGAAUCUUAGAGCUAAUUACUUUUAUUCAGUUCCGGUCAGCGAUCUUUUCUUCAACAGAGAUUAAUAUACAGAAAUAAAUAAUGAAAGGCAGCAUUUUUACAGACUUUAUAUAAAUAUCAGGAGCUUUCGUUCACGCAGUGGCGUGUGACGACCAGUAGAAUACGGUAACUAUGCAUUUCGAAGGUGAAGUGUCAGUGCUCAGAAUCUUAUCAUAAUCCACCACUUUUGUUUUCAUAACAGCUUGGAGAUCAGCACAAAUAUUUUUUAACGAGAAAAUUAUAUUACAGGCAAAACAUCUCUCAUUUGUGGUUCGGGAGCAUCGCUAGCACGAAUAAACUUUGAAACUAUAAACAUGAGAGUUACUUUCUACCUGGUGGUAAUAAUUGCUGUAUUACAGAGGUCGUGGUGUCUUGUCCUUGUGGAAGGACCGCGAGAUUUUGAUGCAGUUGCUGGUGAAACGAUUCGUUUAUCAUGCCGAGUGCGGGAAAUCUUAUCAGACGAGAAUAUUGUCUGGUACCAUUUAGAAUCGAACUCGUACCUCACUAUAGGGUCGAUCGUUUUUACUACGGACAUCAACAAGCGAAAUCGCUACAGCAUUAUUAUUCAAGACUUAAUCGCUAGAAAUGGUGACACGGUAUCUGAAUAUACUUUACAGAUCACUGACUUACAGUCUAUCGAUAAUGGUGAGUACCAAUGUGGGUACAUAGAACAAUCAAAUGAGCCCUUUAGAAAUUUAGCCAGGGCGAAGCUGACCGUACUGUUGCCACGCCCUGAAUGUAGCAUAGAUUAUUUUGGAAGGACGAGGGCACCAAGACCAGGUGAUCAAAUUAACCUCCAGUGUUCGUCCAGUGGGUGGAACCCUUCUCCAGAUAUAACAUGGAUGAGAGCGACAGAAACUCUUUCGUUUGACCAACAAACUACUAAUUCCAUCAUCGCAUGGACGCUUCAGGCCACGGACGAAAAUUUGGUAUUUACUUGUGAGGCGUUCAGUGAAUUUCUUUCAGUUGAGAAGUCGUGUGAAGUCGUGCCGUUUCCACAGCCGCCCGAUGCACGCCUAAUCCAAAUUGGCAGGAUUGAAAACGGUUCGAACGUUACCUUUAUCUGUGAUGCGGUAGGCCAACAGCCACUGACAUACUCAUGGACAAUCAGUUUCAAUGUUCUUCUUCAAAAGCGUUACUAUACUGAGGACAAUAUGAGAAUUUUACAUAUUCUUGAUUUCCAAGAAGAAGAUAACGGUACUAUUGUAGAAUGUAUGGCAUCGUAUGCGGCAUUAGAUAUGUCGAGCGUUGCCUCUCUGUUUCUGAUCUUGUCGAGCGGUACACCUGUGCCGUCAAUAGAACCAACAAAGGAAAUCACUGAUGGCCCUACCAAACCUUCUAUCCCUGUGCCAGAGGCGCAACUUACUACCGAAGCUGUGAUCGCAAUUGUCGCAGCGUGCAUAGUAGUAUUUCUAGCAGUGGUACUCAUUUUCGUCAUUUAUACAGUCAAAAGCGACAAAACAUAUAGCCUUGACAAUGUCGAAGGUACGGUAACCCACGAGGACGCAAAAUCUACGGACAACAUCGCAGGCCCUGCAGACGCGCAAUCUACAGAAGGUGUCUUCAACAUCAGUUCACAGCUUGAGCACGACACCGACGGAAAACAGAACGUUGAAGAAACUCAUACAAAAGACAACAUAUAUAACGUUUAAAAACGAACAGUUAUUUGAAUUCAACAUUUAAACAAUACAUUAAUUACUACCUAGAAAUUUUACCUAUUAUAUAAACUUAAUAUUUUUGAAUGUCCAUCAAUGCGAUGACGUCAAAUUAAAUCAUUAGUUUAUUUCUUGUAUAUAUCGUAUUUAGAAGACCGGUCCCGCAACUCAUGUGCAUAAACGGUCGGCAUAAACCACGAGAAUUGUUCAUUAAUCAGGCUAUAUUUUUAGUUAAAAAUAAUUAGUAAUCAGGAAGCUCUUCGCUUGACUGUCAGUUAACAAUAAUUCUUUGGUUGUUGCCGAGGAAGGACAGGAGGAGUCUUUUUGCCUCUCUCUGUCCGUCACAGAUAUCAUAAACAAGUACGUCUAUCAUAAUAGGUACAAUUUAAACAUACAUUACAACGAACAUUCGUUAAGAAGUAAAAAACUUGUCUGAUUUGUAUACUUGAAUAAGUUCUUGCCUUUCAAUUGAAACAUUAUACAAAAGAAAAUUGUAUAUUUGAACGGACGUUAAAUGAUGUAAUUAGUACAGGCUGAUGACUACACGAAAGCUAUUAAGAUUUAGGUUCUUUUAAAUGUACCGUACAAAUUGUUGUAAAAUAUAUGUUUGUCGUUGGAUUUUACGUUUUACCGUUUUACAUUUAAAACAUUUAAAUUAUUUGUAAUAACUAAUUAUCUAGGACUUUAUUGUAAUUCAAAGUAUCUUACUACUCUUUUAGAUUUCAUAUUUUAUUCAGGGUUUAUUAAAUUGUAUAUUGUCCUAAUAGCAAAUAAUGCUAAAUAAUUAAAUUAUUGUAAUAGCUUCUUUCAAUAAUAUAUUUUAAUUGUUUAGAUUAAGUAUUAUAUCAUGUUUAUGAUUUACCAUUACAAUACUGUAUAUACAUUAUCAUUAUAUCUUUAAUGCAUUUUAGUUUUUGUACCAUAUUAAGCACAUCUUGUGUUAUUUGCCAAAUACACUAAGUAGUUGAACAUAACACCUUGGCUCAUGGGCGACGCAGAUUAAAUUUAUUUUAAAAUAAA